AAUAGAGGCGAAUUUAUUGCCUAUUGAACGUUCAGAGGAAACUAGCAGUAGCACGAUCGAGCAUUCACUUCAAGACUCCAAAGUAGUCGAGAAAGCCAAACCCUAUUCAUUGCGUGCAGAAGAUCUGAGCAGUAGCAGAACCGAGCUGUCACUUCACGGCUCCAAUGUAUCUGAGAAAGCCCAAACCAGUUUAUCACGUACAGAACAGAGCGGGAGCGAUCCAUCACUUCAAGACUCCACAGAUCAUCUGUCUGUACCAGAAUUACCAGAAAACGUAGCAGCAUUGGUUCAAAAUUUGCUUGAACAUAGCCAAGAGUUUGAGGACGAAGACAACGUAUAUUCCAUCAUUUGGGAUUUUGGAGGACAAUCUGUUUACUAUGCCACACAUCCAAUUUUUCUGACAAAACAAGCCAUCUACAUUUUAGCAUGUGAUCUAAGUCGUGAUCCAGACCAGAAAGCCAAAGCUCCCACGAAAAAAGGCAUGUAUGAAAAUAAAAUAGACACUCACUGCAAAAAAACAAAUCUCGACUAUCUUGACUUUUGGAUGACAUCAGUUUAUUCUUUGGUUAGUCCAAGUACUAACCGUCAGGAAACCCUGUCAUCUGAAAUGUUGCCUGCAGCAUUCUUGGCGUGUACGCAUGCUGACAAGCCUUACAAGAACAAGGCUAACCCAAAAGAACUUGCCGAAAAAAUCUUUGCCACUUUAAAAGACAAGAUUUAUGGUGAUCUUCUAAAAGACGUGUUUGUUGUAGACAACACAAAGUCAGGUCGUAAUGAUGAGUGCCAAGACGUGAAAAAUCUGAGAGAAACAGUACUUUCUGUUGCCAAGGAGCUUCCACAGAUUAAAAAGGCCAUUCCUUUAAAGUGGUUGAAGUAUGAAAAGGUUCUCCGUCUGCUGAGCGAGGAAGGCUAUGGGUGGAUACCCAUCGAUCGCGCCAAACAGAUUGCCUCUGAUGAGUGUGGAAUUGAUGACGAUGAACAGUUUCGAACACUGCUUAAGUUUUUACAUGACCAGAGAAUUUUGAUUCAUUUUAGUGAAACAGCAGAUUUGGAAAAAAUGGUUAUUUUGAGCCCACAGUGGCUCAUUGACAUCUUCAAGGAGGUGAUUACUGUUAAACGUUUCAAGCAAACGGAUAAAAAAGUUGCGAGAUUAUGGCGUGAUUUUGAAAAGACUGGAAUCUUAGAUGAAACACUUUUAAAUCAUGCGUGGAGACCCUUGUCUGAUAAUCGAGAAACCUACGAGAGCCUCAUUGCUAUAAUGGAGAAAUUUAGCCUACUUUGUGCAUGGCCCUCAGACGGGACCACUCAGAAGUACCUUGUACCGUCCAUGUUAAUGUCUCCCCCAACAGAUGAUGUCCUUAAGCACCUUCAUUGUGUACGGACCCCUUCACUUUUUGUGGUGUUUGAAUCAGGCAGAGUUCCUCCAGGCUUGUUCUCGCGACUUGUUCUGCAGUUUCAUUGGUUGUGUCAAAAAGAGUGGAAGGGCGAGAUAAAUCCUGAGUUGUUCAAUAAUUUUGCUAUGUUUCACAUUCUUCCUGAUCGUGCAAUUUCUGUAGUAUUUAUGUUGCAUUCCUCGUCCAUUGAAAUAGUUUUUCACGACGGAAAGGAUGCUCGUGAUCUGAAUACAAGCCGAACCAUUUAUUCUCAACUGAAAUGUCUUCUUGAACACAUUUGCAAGGAGUUCUUCUGGUUGAAGCACGCGAAGUACAAAAUGUGCGUUUGCUGUCCGGUGUGUUCUCAAGAAGACGGUGUCAAGUGCCGUGAUCAUGGCAGGCGUGGUUGCGAGUGCGUGCACUUUUUGUCGGAGUCAGAGUUGCGUGAGCGGCAACAUUGCAACGAAUCUGGCAUUUUUGGGGAUCGCACAAUUACCAUCACGAUGUUUGAACAUUGGUUUGCUUUCCCGGAUUCUCAGCAAAGCAACAUUCCUCUCACUCAGGUUAGUUCUUAAAUUCGCUUUUCCAAAACACGAUCGCGAGUGGCUCAUUCGCCAAUCAAGAAACUUUAGGUACAAGCUUUGGUCACGAUGGUUUCUGGGAUAGUUUGGGUGGAAAAACAUUGGUGGGUGUUUCUCAAAUAGGCCAUUUGCACGGUGGCGUCAUUUUACUACUACUACUACUACUACUACCAGAAUGCUUCAGGGUUUUGCUUACUGGUGCAAAUAAGGGCUUCUGUUAUUUAAACGUCGGUGGGAUUACCAAAUUUAAAUAUGAAAGAAAGAACGAAAUGAAUUCUGGUCUUAGUAGUAAAAAGACAUCGUGCAAAUGGCUUAUUGGUUGACCAUUCAUAACUAACACUUCCACCUAAAUGAGUCCAGAAAUCCUCCUGCCAAAAGCAUCCUCCCCAUAAAUUCCCAAAAUAAACUUACCAAUAAGAAGUCGAGCGUGGCAUUGAAUAACGUGGAGUUAAAGUUCCACUGAGUCCGGUCCUUUAAAGGUGAUAUUAAGACUGGUUAUGCCUGGAAGCCACCUUUAAAGAUCCGAAAGCACUCGAGGUGAAGAUACAUCAUGGCACGAUUCUGAGCGGACUCGUAGAAUUGAUUGAUAGCCCCAAGCAUUAUAAUGCACUCAUCAAACGAUUCCCAGAAGCAGUUGCUAUGGAAGAAGAGAGUGAGGGUGAGUUUUUGGCAAGAGUGAACUUUUGGUGACCUUGGCCAUUAGACCACAGUUGGCAGGAUGACUCAAGUCAGUGAAUUGAAGUAAAUGCCCAAAUCCUUUAAAUUCCUUGUUAACAGAAUACCUUUCAGUGAAUUAUUCUAUGAAUAGAUUAAUUAAAUGGAAACUAUACAGGAUCGUUCAAACUGGAUCACUAUUUAUUAUAUGCUUUCAUCGGUCUUUGAAACUGAUCCUAAGGCCCCCACUGGCAUUGACAUUAUUUUUUAAAUUUGUAAUAAUAACAAUAGUGAUGAUGAUAAUAAUAUUAAUAAAUGAUAAUAAUAAUUUGUUAUGAUUAUUAUUGUUAUCAGAACUUAAAGGGGAAAAUCAAAUAUCAUUGUUUGGUAUUUCAUAAUGGAUGCUUGGCUGGAGGUGCAUUACCGAGUCCUUAAUUAAUAUUUCUUAUGAUUUAGAGUCAUUUUCUGUAUCUGUAUUUACAGCAGCAAGAUGUGACUCAAUGUGACAACAAUGAAGAACACCGCAUAGCUCCUAAGAAAGGUAAGCCCCCCGGCCCAUUUAUUGUGGUUGCCCCUUUUUUUGGCAAACAGGAAUAGUUGUUGGUCAUGUGAUUAACUUUCUGAAAACACAAAAACGGUUCGCUUUUAGAAAAUUAUCAGUUAGCGGGAAUUGGAAGGGCAUAUUAAAAUUAGGUCACCUGUAAAUUUUCUGUGGUAUGUCUCGAAAGUAGCGAUUGCUUCGGCCGCCGAAAAUUAGAAGGAUUUGUAUGGGAAAAACAACUUUUGCCAACCAGUCACGCUUGGGUGGUUUUCCAUACAAAUCCUUGGCAAUUUGGAAAAUUUUAAACUGUCGUUAAUUCUGUCCCUUAAGCAUUUAAAGGCUCAAAUUGUCUGUUAUGAAAGAAAAAGAAAAUUUGAGCCCAGUUAUGCUUAAGAAAGUAUUUUACGACAGUUUGGAAAAUUGGAAAUUUUUGUUGACCUUCCGGGAGUGCGAAAGCAUAUUGUCAGUUACUACGGUUAUAUUAAGUAAGGCCUACCUUUGACUGAAGUUUAAUAUUAACCUCUGCAAUCUGUUUUGUAUUAUUUUGUGUUUUAAAUUUAUCUUGCAAGCAGAUCAGAUUUCAUGUCGUUCUUUUUCUGUAUGAAGUUUUGAUAUUUGUAGUUUGUAAAUCACCGUUACUGUCUCCAGAGAAAAAUAAUAAUUUAUUUUUUCAUGUCCAGUCUUUUAUGUCUGAAUCGAUGAGAUUAUGUAAAAGUACCUAAAUAUGUAUUUUCCACCUGCUAGAAUUUCUUUAAUAUCCUUUUUGUUUUGCUGCCGCUUUGACUAAUAACUCUUUAAUGUAAUUUUUCUAUUUAAUGUUAUUUUGAAAAGAGCCCUCUUGAUGAGUUUUUUUACUCUUAAGUCAAACUUCGUCAAUAAAAUAUGUUAAAACAAAUUUUUAAAAAAAUCAAAAACGGACGAAAAUCAAGAGAAUAUGGAAACAUUUACUUCCCUCCCCCUUUGCCUUAUCACCCCUCCCUGUCGAACGCACUCCCCUAAUUAAUUUGCAUAGUAUUUAUUUGCAGGACUUUUACAGAACAAAAACAGAUACGAUGGGGAGGGUCAAACAACAGAGCGACGAUCCAAUAGACCCUUCCUCGGUUUUUUCAACUUUUUCGUGACUGUAAGGAAAAAUCCGUCGACACCACUGGAAAGAUGGCCUUAAAAUUAGCAAAAUUGUCAAGUCUUAAAGUGAUGCGUCGUAAGCGAGUGAUGAUACAGCUCCGCAAGGUUGUGAAAAUUUACAGACGUUUGUAUGGUGGGGGGAGGGGGGGAGUUCCUGCCCUCCACUAUAUAAACGUCUGUAAAAGAAGAAGAAGCUACAUCUUCAUUAGUUUUCAACAAAUCACUUUCAAACUUGGCAAUUUUGCUAAUUUAAAGGCGCUCUUUACAGCGCAGUUGACGAAUUUUCCCAAACGUGUCCACGUCAAAAAUUAAAAAACGUGGAAAGGUUCAUUAAAGUGCGCUCUUGAGAACUAUUAACACCCCUCUCGACAUUGUUGUAAGAUCUUGGGAAGAGUUUAAAAAAAACCGUCUAAAUUUUGUCAUAACCGGAGAUCAGGUCGAAUCCUGCCAGCUCUCUCUUGGUCCCUGGAUUUUUUUUUAAACGUGCGGAAUGAAAAUAUAGUCUGAACUCAACUUAACUUUGUCACAAAAUCACCAUAACAUUUUUUUGUCUCCAAAUGUUGAACCCGUUAGACGUGAAUAAUCUUUCUUAACUAUUGUCCAAUUCGUCCAUGUGCAAUGUAGCUAAUAAACAUGUCUUUUCGAUAAAUGCGAUUAUUUAUUCGUAAGGGCUGAAAGAAAAUUUUGACUGUUUAUUUAGUAACAACAUGGUCAUUAAUCAUUCCAACAAUAUUCAUUGUUUUUUUUUUACAGAAACUACAUCGGAAAGAUCUACCCCUGUUCCACCAGAAGUCAUCAUUAACCUGCUUAAGAAGCAGGAUCUUCCCCAAAGUGUGACACAUCUUGAUGAUUGCCAACUGCCAGUCGACAUUUUGUUACUGACAGUCGAGGAUUGUGAAUUUCUAAGCUGUCUGUCAUAUCUGAAUCCUGGUUUCUGUAAGACGUUUCACAGAGAUCUUGGCUUUGUGUACCUCGGAGAUAUGGGAAAAGAUGAAAGAAAGUUGAACAUUGCUGUAAUGAGCUGCCACAGGGGUGCCGUCACUCCAGGAGGAUCCGUGGUUGUUGUAUUAAAAGCUGUCAACGUCUUAAGGCCCAAAGCAGUGUUCUGUGUAGGUUCCUGUAGGAGCCUAGGCUACGACAAAGUUAAACUUGGAGACGUAGUAAUGUUUGAGAAGUUAAUCACAUCUGGCCCGUGCAGAAUGACGGAGGGUGGCAUUGAAGAACGCGGUGUGAAAGUCCCACUUAAGUCCCGUCUUUUGAAGGUGAUACCAAGGGCUUGUGAUGGCUGGAAGCCGCCUUUAAAAGAUCCAAAAACACCCGAGGUCAAGAUACACCGUGGCACGAUUCUGAGUGGGCCCAUAGAAGUAAUUGAUAGCCCCAAGCAUUGUAAGGCACUCAUCGAUCGAUUCCCAGAAGCAGUUGCUAUGGACGAAGAGGGUGAAGGUGAGUUUUUGGCAAUAGUGAACUUUAAUGACCUUGGCCAUUAGACCACAUUGGGCAGGAUGACUCCAAGUCAGUGAUUUGAAAUAAAUGCCCAAAUCCUUUAAAUUCCUUGCUAGCAGAAUACCUUUCAGUGAAUUAUUCUAUGAAUAGAUUAAUCAAAUGGAAACUACAGGAUCGUUCAGACUGGAUCACUAUUUAUUUUUUUAUUAUAUGCUCAGUUCAUCGGCCUGUGCUUAUCGAUGCCUUGCCCUUACAAUCAAGCCAGUUAAAUUACGAAUUGUCAAAUUUUGUUUUAACUAUCUCUCACAAUCCUUUCCAGCUGCCUUUUCUUGGCCUUUCUUACAUUUUCUGUGUUUCAGUCAUAAUUACUUCAAUUCUUCAUGUAUGACUAAUCUUUACUCUAGGCGUGUUUGCUGCGGCUCACGACCUCGACAUUGAGUGGAUCGUCAUUAAAGGGAUUUCGGAUUACGCAGGUGGCAGCAAAUCCAAGGAGUCGUCUUGGAGGCCAUUUGCGAGUUUAAUGGCAGCUUCUGUUACGGCUCAUAUUCUCAGCGAUGCCAUCAUUUUUCAAGACUGGCCUCACUUUGAGUGCAAAAGUAAGUAUACUAACAGUUAG